GGUAGUGCACACUACAAGGUUGCUCACCAACCGCCAUUAAACCAAAGAAGAAGAAGAAAAAGAAGAAGAAGCGGGUCAUGUCAUCAUGUCUCCUCACGCCGAAUAAACUCUUUUAUUACAGCUACUGCGAUAUUUGAGAACUAGCACGCUCAGCGUCAAGCUCGCCGGGCCUUGUCAGAGCCGAGACCCGGAUCAGCGGCGGCGGCGGCGUCGUCAUCAAUGGUGUGUCCACAUCCAGGAGAGGUCACCUUGUCCUGCCCGUGCUCCAUGAUCCAUCACCUCAGCCCACGUCACGGCUGCACUUGUAUGGCGUUUGCAAGACGUGAAGGGGAGUUCUGCCCGGCCCAGCACCUGCUGCUUAUUGUGGACAAGUGAACCAGAUACUUGAGAGGCACAAACCUUGCCAACUACACCCACACAGGCUUUCACUGCCAUCCUGUCAAACCCUUAUGAAGAAAGGACAACUUGCAACCUGUCGCCCGUUUUGGGGAGCAGAGGAGGCUUUGCUUUUUAUUUGCAGAGUCUGCUUCUUCCUUUCUGCAUGCAUCCUCUCCUCUCUUUCCACUCAAAAGUCCCCUCCUCUAAUUGACUUCUUUGAAUAGACUGGUCUUUUUUUUAUUUUGUAAAAAAAACAGUACCUUUUUGUAAAACCAACACGCUGCCGCGGUCGCAACAAUGAAUCGACCGGCCGCAGUGGAGAUCUCCUAUGACUGUUUAAGAUUCCUAAUCACCCACAAUCCCACCAAUGCACAACUUGGAAGGUUCAUUGAGGAGCUGAAGGCAUAUGGAGCCAAUACUCUAGUGAGAGUAUGUGCUGCUACCUAUGACACGGCACCAGUGGAACAAGAGGGCAUUCAAGUCCUGGAUAUGCCAUUCGAUGAUGGCUCCGCCCCCCCAGAGCAGCUGGUGGAUGAUUGGCUGAGCCUGUUGCAGGCCAAGUUUCGAGAUGAGCCUGGCGGCUGUGUGGCUGUGCAUUGUGUUGCAGGUCUGGGAAGAGCUCCUGUGCUCGUUGCCCUGGCGCUAAUUGAGUGUGGGAUGGAGUACGAAGAUGCUGUUCACUUCAUAAGACUGAAGCGUCGUGGAGCUUUUAACUCCAAGCAGCUGCUUUUCCUGGAAAACUACAAGCCCAGACUGUGCUUGCGCUCCAAAGAUGCAAACGGUCAGAGCUGCACAAUACAGUAGGGAUGGACAAUAGCAGACUUGAAGGUUCAUGGGACCAGCAAAGCACCUUUUAAUGAUACUGGAUGCUGAAAAUGAUAACUUGUUGUCAAACAUCUCCACUCAUCCUGACAGACUGCGAGUCCCCAAAUGAAUCACAAAGAAAGCUGGAACUGGUUUGGUGUGUAUUCUGAUAAAGUUAAGGUAAAGCACACGUCGUUUAUUAAAUAUGUUUCCCGAAAAUAUAACCAGCUAAAUUGUGUUCUUAGUUUUUGGCUUGAAUUGUAAAUUUGACGUUUCACUGUGCUUUGAUACAUUUGACAGUUUUGAUGUUUUUAUCUAUUUGGUAGCAGAACUGUGCCGAUAGUUGCCGACAAGUAACUCAUGCAUGACACAUUUAAGUAGGUUGUAACUGGCGAGACACGUUUGGCAUCUGUCUGCUAAAGUUACUAUUGUAUGCAUCCUCCUCGUGGUACUGGCAGGUAAGGAGAAUAAAGAUGAUUUAGACAUUG